AUGAACAACAGUCACUGUGAGAAACUAAGUAAAAUUAUUCUUCAAGAAUUGAUGCAGGACAAAUCAUUUCAAGCAAAGUGGCUUUGUGAUUCAUUAAAUCGUUUAAUUUUACUAACAGAACUUGAUACAAAAAACAUUAAAUUAUGCCAAAAACCCAAAGAAUCAUCGGAUGUAAUUCAAAACAAUGAAUCUACUAAAAAGGUGAUUCGCGAAUUAAUAGGAACAAUAGAUUUGUCCAUUGAAACAUUCUUAACAAAUUUCCAACUAGCUUUUUGCCAUAUGGAAUUUGAAAGAAAUAAAGAUGCCGCAACAAUAUAUUCUAACAAAGUAUUACUAGAUCGAUUAAUAUCUUCGGAAAAAUUUAAUUUAGAUAGGCUACAUCAUUUUAUUAGACGUCUCCAGCAGUGCAUUAAAGGAUUUACAAUACGUAUAUCAGGGUCUUUUCAAGUUGCUAAUUGUGCAUUUUAUGCACAUGCAUUACAUGAAAUGUUUUCUAAUCUAGCAAUAUAUUUUCGAACCCAUAGUAGUAAAAUUGGAUUUGAAACUGAAGUUAAACGUUUUGAACAUGUUUCAUCGGAAUUUUAUGAGAUGGUAGAAAAAAGAUUGUCAAAUUACUUAACGUCUUACAGUCGAUCAAUUCCUAGAGACCAUCCUGCAAAAGAAAAUCAAUCUGUAGUAAAAUACACAAAUAAAUAUAAAAAAACACAAAAUAUACCUAGAAGUAAUUUUCAACAAUGUCAUGAUUAUAAUGGAAGACACAAUAAAAUUAAAGAACUUGCCGUUGGUGUAAUGAAAAAUAGAAACCUAUCAGAAAGUGAUCUCAAUAGAAUAAAAAAUAAAUGGAAACCUUUAUUUGAUAAUCAUAAAAUAUUUUAUUCCUCAGCAAUAUCUGAUACAUAUGGGGCUGCUGCACUACGCACUUCAAAUAAUAUUACAAAAUCAAUUUUAAAUAAAAUUAAAAACGACUAG